UCGAGAACUAUCACGUAGUUGUGCUAUUGAUACAAACUCGUAUUCUAAAUUAGUCCUGGACAUCCGCAAAAUGAAUCAUUCUCGCAAUUUUGAAGUUGGGAUGCAAAUUGUCUAUCGAAUUUUUACAAUUUUUGGUUUGAAUAUUUUCGAUCCAACGUACAAGGUUACGUGGCGGACAUUAUGUUGUAUAGGACUCGCGCUUUUCGGAAACUUGAAUGUUUUCUACACACUCUUUUCUCAUCGGAAUAACUUCAUGAUGACUCUGCGAUGUCUUUGUGCAGCACCUGAAGCAUUCCAAGGUGUCGUGAAACUAUUUACAAUUAUGAAACAUGGAAAAAUGAUGGCUUCAACCAUUGAUUUUGUACGAAGCGUCUACCGGAAGAACGAACAAGGCGGAUCUGGUCGUCUCAAAGUUCUGGAAGACUGUUCUGCCAAGCUAGCAUAUGGGAUGCUGGAGACAAUUUUUGCGUUCACUGGGAACAAUACUUGUGACUUGGUCCUGUGUAUUUUGAUCAUACACAUUUCACUUCUUGUGGGAAUUUUCAAGGAAGCUUUGAAUGAAACGAAAAAGUUGAUUGGAUCAGAAAGUCACGUGAUUCGUCGAUCUCUCAGGAAUUGCAUUCUGAUGCAUCAGGAUCUCAUCAACUAUAUUUCGGCUGUGAAUGGAAUCUAUAGCACAACAUUUUUCUAUCAAACAGCAACAGCAUCCUUGUCGUUGGCUUUGAAUUGCUUCUGCAUAGUCAAGACGGAUUGGCUGGGAGCUUAUGGCUUUGCUGUGUUUUCACUAAUGAAAAUAUUCACUUUUUGCAUCCUUGGAACCUUUGUGGAGAUUAUGAACAACGAAACAUUGAGGACCCUAACAGACUUUCCAUGGUAUUUGUUGCCAAUCGACUGCCAGAAGAUGUUCUAUAUGUCUCUAAUGAGAUCUAACAAAUUCUCCAAACUAAUGAUUGCUAAAGUCGCUCCCCUAAACGUUGCCACAGGGGCUGAAAUAAUUAAAGCUAUUUACUCCUAUCUAAUGAUGCUCUUGAAUGUCCAAGAGAAAGGAAAUAUUUAUCUUGAGAAAUGAAUACUAAAUUUACAUAUAAUCAUCCAUUUUGAGGGGCAUGUCCUUAUAUCACAGUUACGUAUAAACAUAGACAAUUAAUUUAACAACUUAUUAGCCGUUGUACAUUCAGAAUUCUCUAGUACACUUGCACAGCAUGACCAAUGCCUUCUACCAGGAUGUCCAGCAUGUCCGUGACCGCAACCUUUGAAUCCUUGCAUUAUACCAUCACAAGCACAAGUUGCUGCUUUGGAUCCUUUGCUCGAGCAGAAUGCACAGCAAUGAAAAAUACCAGUAUGUGGACGCAAGGAUUUAGCCCUUAAGGUGAAUGGA